AUGGCAUUUUCAGACUUAGGAGUUGCAAAAUGGCUCGAUGAGGCCCUUGCUGCAAUGCAGAUUCAUACACCAACUGAAAUUCAAAACAAAUGUAUUCCCGAAAUUCUCCUGGGCCGGGAUUGUAUUGGAGGAGCGAAGACAGGAUCUGGUAAGACCAUCGCAUUUGGUGCUCCUAUGCUAACUAAAUGGUCAGAGGAUCCAAUGGGAAUUUUUGGACUUGUCCUCACUCCUACUAGAGAGUUGGCUAUGCAAAUUGCCGAGCAAUUCGCAGCGCUUGGUGCCCUGAUGAACAUUCGCCUCGCAGUUGUAGUAGGAGGUGAAGAUAUGAUGGAACAGGCGUUGAAGCUACAAAAAAGACCACACUUUGUUAUUGCUACUCCGGGUAGAUUGGCUGACCAUAUCCUCAAUAGCGGAGAAGAAACCAUCAAAGGCCUUCGAAGUGUGAAGUAUUUAGUCCUAGAUGAGGCAGAUCGUGUUCUCAGCAAUACUUUCAGCAAAGAUUUAGGACGCUGUCUCAGUGUCUUGCCAGAUGCUAGCAAAAGACAGACGUUGCUCUUCACCGCUACUGUCACUGACUCUGUAAGAUCAUUGAAGAACAAGCCACAAACUGAAGGGAAACCUCCGGUAUUCCUCUACGAGGUUGAAACUGUUGAUAAGGUAGCUUUGCCAGCAACACUACUGUUGUACUAUAUUUUUGUGCCCUCCUACGUGAAAGAGUCAUAUUUGCAUUCUAUCCUUUCCCUUGAAAAGUAUUCCAAAGCAAAUAUCAUAGUCUUCGUCAACAGAACAAAGACAGCAGAGGUUUUACGCAGAUCUUUGAGGAAAUUAGACUUCCGUGUUGCAUCUCUUCAUUCCCAAAUGCCACAGCUGGAGCGUACCAGCUCGUUGCACAGAUUCAAGGCCCAGGCGGCUCGCAUAUUAAUUGCAACAGAUGUAGCAUCUAGAGGUUUGGAUAUUCCUACCGUGGAGCUUGUUAUUAACUUCGAUAUUCCAGCUGAUGCCGACGAUUUCAUUCAUAGAGCUGGUAGAACGGCCAGAGCAGGCAGACGAGGUGACUCCAUUUGCAUUGUCACUGAGCGAGAUGUUGAACGAAUUCAUGCCAUCGAAGAACGCGCAAACAAAAAAAUGGAGUUGUUAGAAGAUGUUACUGACGACAAGGUAAUUGCAUCAUCACUACAGAAGAUUGGAGCCGCCAAAAGAGAGGCGCUCAUGGAUAUGGACAGAGAGAAUUUUGGCGCUAAGAGAGAAAUUAACAUUAAAAAGAGGGAGAAGAAUACCAAGAGUGCAAAGAAAAGUCAUUGA